UAAGCACCUAGCGUUACCUCAGCCACACAGCGUAAAGAAUGAUCAGUUGUGAGAAGUUCCGGUUUAAUGGUUAUAUCGCAAGAAUUUUCCACGUGAGAUCCCUAGUUCUUGCCCUUAUAUUUAAAACAUUCAAUUAAAAUGGCGAAUAUCAAGGAAUUUUUUCUAACCGGCAUACAACGUAUAUUCAGCAAUUGGACGGCAUUAAGGUUGACAGUAGAACAUGGCAUGGGUUCUAAAGAUAGCGCCGUAGAAUUUUGCACAUAUAUGACGGAAGUGCUGUCUAUGAAUGAUGACUUAUCCACAAGUGAGGUUGUUACUGUACUCGAAGAUUACAUGGCUGAAUGCUUCAAUACAGAGAUGGAGGAUGGCAGUGCAGCAGAAGUAGCAGAAAUAUUAGUGAAAUUUUAUCGAUACUGCACAGAGAAUGAAGAGUCUACAGUGAAAACAGAACUUGAGAAGUUACCACCGUUACAGCCCUGGCUUCUGUUCUCACAACCGGUUCAGCAGAACUGUUCAGCAGUGAGCUGCGAUGACAGCAGGAGUCCCAAUGAAAAUGUGGAUACUGAUGAGAUGGACACGAAUGAGGAUGAGGAAGGAUGGACGACGGUCAGAAGGAGAUAGCUCGCAAUGUUUUGUACAAACAAUAUCUUUACUUAGCAAUUUCUUUUUAUAAAAGAGUGGAAAGACGCGGGGCGGGAAAUAGAGAGACAGGCGCAUAUGUUAUUGUAACAUAAUACGCACGCAUACUUUUCACAGUCAUACAACUUCUGACGCUAGAAUUACCUACAGGAAUAUUUUUACCUAAGCAGCCUCUUCGAGUAUUGCUAAAUGUCAUUUAGCAAGCGUGUCUUCUGUAUCUGCAAAUUAAAAAAGAACAUUUCGUCAAUAGAGCGCCUUGAACAUGGAACUUUAUUGGAACUUUAUUGAAACUUUGCCAAGAAGGUAAUGAGAAAACAAGAAGGAUAAGAAGAUAAAAUAAGUGGAGGGAAAAUUCUGCUAAGAAGAUCUUACAGUUCUGAACAUAUUACCUUUCCCAUUCUGGGACAAACGGACGGUAUAGUAGCCGUUGUGAUAUUGCAUACUCUGAUCCUUCUCCGGCCCGUUCUGCUUUCUCUCACCAGGCCCUGCUAAACUCAAUAUUACCGGCAAGAAUAGCAAUCCGUGAAACAAGCCGAACAACACCACAGACGAGAACAGCUGAAAGAAAUACGAAGAGAAUCAACACGUCUGUCUCAUCGAAGACAAUAAUAUUAGUAUAAGCUUAACACUUUCGGUUCCAUACUCUGAAGAAAGUCUUGAAGACGUAAGCCUGACUGAAGCCCAGCAGCACGAAGGCGAGAAACGUGCUUAAGCCACCGUUGAGAACGGCUGGCCCGAUGAUACUAAGCGUCGUCACUGCUCGUUCUAUAAACACGAGAUAAGAAAUACCAGCAGAGUUCAACUUCGACAGGUGCAUCGUUGAACGUGUCGUGGUAUUCCCCGUGAGGAAUCAAAUCGCGAGAUUGUUAGGAACUCUAAGUGGUAAAUGUUUCCUUUAUGAUAAGUCUCAAUGUUAUCAUUGUUACGAUAAAAAAAAUGCGAGAUCCUUGUAA